AUAACAAGACAAUUGUAAAUGUAGCUCUGCAACAAUGUCUUACUACAAAGCCAGGAUGAUGCAUUCAAUAGUGUUGAGUUCUGUCAAUUCCUGCAUGAUUAAAUCUGACUUUGUUUUUAAUCGGUUUGAAUAGAUUUUCAGUCUUCACUCACAAAGCGGUACAGUAUUCAAUCUGUUUGAAAUCCCCUGAUUUGAGUGGAGGGGAUUCCUGAGGGCCAGUAAAUAUUUUAUGGGAUAACGUAACAAAGUCAGCAAAUCAUAAAUGGGACCAUGUGAAUGCUUUCAUUCUGAUGUAAACUAGACAUCUGUGAGGAUCCUUUUGUUUCUGUCUCAGUUGAUCAACCUCAGCGGCCCUGAGGGAAAACAGGUCAUGAGUGUAUCUGUAGUUUACUAGAUCAUCACCCUCCUGGAGGAAACUUUCCAACUGUGGUCAGCAGCACUUGUGUAUAUGUGCUGCUGACGUCAUGCAAGCAAACUUAGACUCCACUUCAUCUGACCUCGGACCAAAUUCCCUCGACCUAUAUAUUCACAUGUAUGUAGGAUUUGAUUGUGCACUGUAUAUAUGGGCUCACGCUGCGUGUUGGACACAAUCAGUCAGACUGUGGCACACAGGCCGGUAGGAGUCAGAGAAAUUGUGCGUUGAGUUGUUAGAAUGUAACACAGCAGAUGAUGGAGCGACGAGAGUCUAGUGUCACAGCGGGUUCAGCUAUCAGGCAUCAUGUCAUCCGCAAUGUGUCAGAGUCUCACUCUCGCUGCUGUGCCGACUUGGUGAGGGUUGUACCUCCGCAUCUAGUUUACAGCGCAGUGCACACUGUUUAUGUUUGGAACAGAUUAUUGGGAGGAGGAUUAUUGAUCUGUGUGGGCGGCUCACUUUUGAGAUGUCCUGCCAUCACACUGUAACCUCAACCAUAUGGAGAGUAAUUCCACACAUUCUUUCUCCUCAGCCCCUCCCUGUGUUUCUGGCACCGGGGAAGGUGUGAUGGUGGAUUUUCAUUUUCACUUUAAUGUUUUGGGAGGGUCCCACCCUGCAGUCACAGCCCACUGAGGAUUCCCAGUUAUAAUAGUUGUGAUGAAGGCUAAAGCAGAAACACACGUUGUCAAACCAUUUUAUUUGGUGGUGGAAUGGCUUUAAGGACGAAUGUUGAUCAGUUGGUCCAACACUUCCUCCCAUGGUCCAAAGACAUGCAGAUUGGGUUUAUUGAACAUAGGCAUAUGAUUGUGAGUGUGAUUGGUUAUUUGGAUGUAUAAUAUAAAAUAAUAUGCUGGUCCUGUGAUACACUGGUGAUGCUUUCAGGCUGGAACCUGCCUCUAGCCCCAUCUCAGCUGGGAUUGGCUCCAGCUCCCCCCACGGCCCUCAAAGGAUAAGUGCUAUAGAUAAUGGAUGGAUCGCUCACUUUAAUUAAAAUGUCCUUGGAAAACUAUGACAUUAAAUCAGUCUCAGUUGCAAUUACUUGUAAUGAUGGGUUGAUCCACCUUUUAUUUUCUUAACCCUAACCCUAAAUCAAAAAAUAUUGUGUGUUGUUGGUUUGUCUGACAAACUGUUUAAAGAUUUUCAGGUUUACAUUUUCUUUUAAAACAGACAACUAUUCGUAUCUGUCAUAUCAUAUAUCUUAUAUCUCAUAACUAGAAAAGGGACUUAAGAAUGUUUGCUAAAAAAUAGCCUUAAACGAUCAAUACAUUUUUAAAAUAGUGUUACAAGUAAAUUCAUUCACAAAGUCAUUGUAGCUGCUAACGUUAACAUUGUUAAUCUCAGAUGUGAACCAGGUGCACCUGCCAAAAACCAUUAGUUUGCAUGUUUAUCAGAUUGUUAUAUACAUAUUUUCAUUGCACCUUGUUUUGUUCAGCUCUGUCAGCAGUCAUGACGCACAAUCCUGAGCUGGGAGGAGGCACUUCCUCACAACAGUAUGGCACACUGGCAUUGGCACACUAUGAAUAAGAUGCCUGUGGAAACACGCUCAAUCCGAGCCAGCGGUGCAGUGGGUCGCUUUCCAUCUGUCACUCGCGGCUUUGAUGACGACGCAGAGGAAGAACAACCCGAGGAAGGCGACGCCCAGACAGAGAAUGCAUGUCGGCGGUGGCUGCGGAAGGUGUGUCCGUGCUGCUGUCCCAAACCAAAGGACGAUGACAUCACUGACACUCUGGUCACAGGGAUUGAUGAGCUGGAGAAGGAGGACGAGCUGGAUCACGAGAAAUCCGUGACAGGCGACAGCGAGCUUGAUGAACUCCUCCUCAAAGUGCGAGCGAUAGACCUGAUGAAAAGCAAAUCAGGAGUGAUCCGCACAGAGCAUCACACAAAUCUCUACCAGAGUAAUAACUUUAUUAUCCGCAGAGGGCAGACUUUCCAGAUGUGGAUUACCCUGUCUCGACCGUUUGACUCCAGCACUGACAAACUUCACCUUGAGCUUAAAACAGGGCCCCUGCCAACAGUGUCAAAGGGAACCCAUGUCAUCAUCCCUUUGGUGGAAGGGUUGGAGGACGGUCGCUGGGAAGCAGCCAUUGUGGAACAGGAUAACAAGAGGAUAAAACUGUCAGUGAAUUCUCCACCCACAGCGGUCAUUGGCCGAUAUCAACUCACAGUGGAAACGACCAACUCACAAGGCCAGGCCAUUUCCACACAUGACCCUGCUAAUGACAUUUACGUGUUGUUCAACCCCUGGUGUGAAGAUGACACAGUGUUCAUGGAUUCUGAGCAGGAGAGGCAGGAGUAUGUCCUGAACCAAGACGGACAUAUCUACUAUGGCACAGAGAAUCAAAUUGGAAUGAGGACCUGGAACUAUGGGCAUUUUGACGAUGGGAUCCUUGCUGCCUGCCUUUAUGUCCUGGAAAAGAGUGAGACGCCUCCAUCUGGUUGGGGAGACCCGGUUAAUGUAGUGCGAAUUAUAUCAGCCAUGAUUAACUCCCCUGAUGACCGUGGUGUCGUGGAGGGAAACUGGUCAGGAAACUAUAAUGGUGGGACCAGUCCGACGAUGUGGAGUGGAAGUGUGGAGAUCCUGAAGGAAUACCAGACCAACAGCGGCACUCCCGUUAAGUUUGGCCAGUGCUGGGUGUUUGCUGGCGUAUUCACUACAGUGUUACGGUGUUUGGGCAUCCCCAGUCGAACUGUGACCAACUUCAGCUCAGCUCACGACACAGACGUCUCCUUGACGACAGACGUGUACUUGGAUGAGAAUCUGGACCCUUUAGCUCACCUGAAUGCCGACUCCAUCUGGAACUUCCACGUGUGGACCGACUGCUGGAUGGCUCGUGCAGACUUGCCUCCGGGCAACGGAGGCUGGCAAGCUGUCGACGCCACGCCUCAGGAGACCAGCCAAGGCACCUUCCGCUGCGGCCCUGCUUCUCUCACUGCUGUGCGCAAUGGUCAGGUCUACCUCAAACAUGACUGUCCGUUUGUGUUUGCUGAGGUAAACAGUGAUAAGAUCUACUGGCAAAGGAACAUCGAUGGGACCUUCAAUCAAAUCUACAGUGAGAAAAAGACUGUGGGCCACAAGAUCAGCACCAAGGCCGUUGGUUCUGAUGAACGCAGGGACAUCACACACCUUUACAAACAUCCAGAGGGCACAGAGGCGGAACGCAUUGCUGUGGAAUCGGCGUGUCGCUACGGCUCCAAGGCCCUGGCCUAUUCGUCUCCCACAGCAGAGGACGUCUCUGUAGAAGUGACCAUGGACGGUGAAGGCCCUGAGAUGGGAGGAGAUGCAGAGCUGAACAUCACGUUGCGAAACAGUAGCUCAGAGAAGCGGACGAUCCUCCUGCACGGCCAGGUGGCAGUCAUGUACUACACCGGCGUCCACAAGGCCACGAUCAGGAAGGACGUUGUAGAAAUAGAUGUGCUGCCCAAUGAGGUGAAUGUUUUGGAGUGGUCCCUGGAGUACAAAGACUACAAGGACCAGCUGAUAGACCAGGCCGCCCUGAUGCUGACGCUGUCCGGCAGAGUCAAAGAAACACAGCAGGUCCUGGCCACUCAGUUCAGUUUUCGGCUCAGGACUCCAAACCUCAUCAUAAAGCCGGUAGGGAAGGUCGUGGUAGGGGAGAAGAUGGCAGUGACCAUUUCAUUUACAAACCCACUACCACAGGUGCUGAAAGCAGUGAUAUUCCACCUCGAAGGACAGGGCCUCCUAGCUGCCCGGAAGGUUAUUUACGGAGAUAUUGGCAGCCAUGCCUCCGUGUCACUCACCGAGCACUUCGUCCCCACCCUGCCCGGGCCGAGGAAAUUACUGGCUUCACUGGACUGCAGGCAGCUCACUCAGGUUCACGGUGUGACAGAUAUCACCGUGGAGGAAAACAGCAAUGCUGCUCUAUAACGAUUUAAAAUCAUUGUGGCAUUUGUGGGAUUUUAUCUCAGAAGAGACAGAAGCUUUUAUAUUAUGUGAAGACCAGUAUUAGUCACAUUGUUUGACAUUAUAAUGUGGAUGAUCCUGUGACACUGUUUUACACUGUGCAUGUGCAUAAGGGGCACAGUUGCACAACAUGGCAGCUUAAAAGAAAGAAAAAAAACUGCCUCUAUUUUCAAGUCAAUUGUUUUAUUUAUAUAUACCAUAUAUUUAUUUUGUUUACAUUGCCAUGUGUGACAGGAAGAAUUUUUUUCUAAAUAUCCAAAUAUAAAUAAUAUAUUCAAAUACUGCUGGGAAUGUCUGUGUACUAUUAAAAUGCAAACAAUUACAAAUGGAUCCUGGAGUCUGGUGACUUAUUGAUCUAACAAGUAAUUUAUUAGUGUCCCUGCGUCCUGGAAUUUGUGGUUUCCAAGGAAUCGACAGUGGUUGCACUGCCAUGUUAGAGGGUGACCAGUAAAAAUAUAAGAGCGAUGACCAGUUAAAUUGGCCAAUUUCUGUGUGGUGGUUUGGUGCUUAAUCCACUCUUGAUGACGCAGUAAGACGUAGUUUGAAGUUUGUAGUGAGAUCAGUCAGACACCAGGACAAAAAGACGAGUCUGUUGACUGUAAACCUCAGAGCAGAGUGGAUGCAGAUGCAAAAGAGGAAUAACUUAAAGCUAAAGCAGAACAGCAACCACAUAUGAUCACUUUGUUAAAGGUUCCGUGUGUGAAAUUUAGUGGCAUCUAGUGGUGAGGUUGCAGAAUUUAACCAACUGAACACCCCUCUCCUCCCCCUCCCCCUUGUGGUCGUCAGGUAACAUAGAAAGUUGAAAGGCCCUAAAUAGAGCAAAUGUUGCUUUGGCAUUUCUGGGCUUCUGUAGAAACAUGGCAGUGUGUUCUUCUUAACCAAGCUUAAUCAGUGUUUGGCAAGGUAUUAUACUAUAAGUAACAUGUUAGCUUAUUUGACAUUAUAUAUAUAUAUAUUUUUUUUGUAUUGAUGAGGAUAAAGAUCCAGUUAAAAUAUUUAGCAGUCGUUUGGAUUUGGCAGCUGACCCUGUGCUUCCCUCCCUGUUAUUUAUACACCUUGCUGCUACCUGUCCAUUGUACUUUUGUAUGUUGCACUGUUAUUUUGUAUAUCAUACAUUUUGCAUUUUUUUAAUGGUGUUGUGUCAUGUAUGUGCUUUUGGUUCAUUUUGGGGGGAGGCAAAGGCCAAUGUCCACUGAUGUAGACAAUAAAGUUGAUCUAUCUAUG